AUGUUUUCGGGUUCGAACUCGUACCUUGGUGGUAACACUGGCCGCCAACCACCACAACAACCGCAACAACAAUAUGGUGGUUUCCAGCCAAACCAAGGUUUCCAACCACAGCAGACUGGUUUCCAGCCACAACAGACUGGUUUUCAACCUCAACCCACUGGAUAUGGAAAUGCGGCCCCUUUACAACCCAAUUUCACAGGUUAUCCACUUCAAGCACAGCCUACGGGAUACCCUCAGCAACCUCAAGCAGGCUUCCCUGGAGGCCAGCAGCAACAACAGCAGUUCAACAAUGCUCCUCAACAGCAGAACUUCCAAACGGGAGCUCCCCCAAUGCCGCAGAUUCCGCAGCAAUUCCAGCAGCCCCAACAGACGCAACAAGCUCCACCACCCCCUGCACCUCCUGUGCAGCAACCACAAGCGACCGGAUUUGCCGCAAUGGCAGAUUCAUUUAAACCGGCUGCCGCAGAACCGUCAAAAGCAAGAGGACGCAGAGCCUCUAAGGGGGGAGCAAAGAUACCUAGUAUAAGACUUUCCUUUAUCACGGCCCAAGAUCAAGCAAAGUUCGAAACACUUUUCAAGUCCGCUGUCGGGGACGGGCAAACACUUUCUGGAGAAAAAUCGAGGGAUCUUUUGCUACGCUCAAAACUAGACGGGAACUCUCUGUCGCAGAUAUGGACGCUCGCAGAUACUACAAGAUCUGGACAGCUACAUUUUCCCGAAUUCGCAUUAGCUAUGUACCUCUGCAAUCUGAAGCUAGUCGGCAAGCAAUUGCCAUCCGUGCUUCCCGAUAUUAUCAAAAAUGAAGUUUCUAGCAUGGUGGACAUCAUUAAUUUCGCUAUAGAUGAUGAUGCACCAGCAGUAACGAAUGCGCCUAGUUUUGAUGGUCGACAAAACACCGCAACACCUCCGACUAUCCAACAACCACAGCCAAUGGCGUCCAAUUCCGCUCUUCUCACUGCGCAAAUGACUGGUUAUCCUGGACAGCAGAAUAACUUUUCGGGUGGAUUUCAACCACAGCAAACUGGCUUCCAGGGUUCAAUGCAAACUGGCUUUCCUGGACAGCAAGGAGGAUUGCAGCCUCAGCAAACCGGGUACAAUCAAAUGUCAAAUCCUCAAGCAACGGGUUACAAUGGACCGCGCCCUCCAAUGCCUCCUAUGCCAUCUAACUUCAGUUCUCACUUGACUCCCGCUCAGACGGGCAUGCAAGGCGGAAUGAUCGCGCCAUUGAAUAGCCAGCCUACAGGAGUCGAUGGCCAAUGGGGUUUGGUAAAUGCGCCAGCUCCCAAUAUCGAUCUACUACAUUCCCGGAUGAUGCCGCAACAAGGUCGAGAACAAGGCAACUUUACGACAGCCGGUAUAACAGGCAAUGCUGAAAUUCCAUGGGGAAUUACGAAAGAAGAGAAGACCAGAUACGAUUCUGUUUUCAAAGCUUGGGAUGGGUUUGGUAAAGGAUAUAUUAGCGGUGAUGUCGCUAUUGAAGUUUUUGGACAGAGUGGUCUCGAAAAGCCCGACCUGGAGCGCGUAUGGACCUUAGCAGAUCACGGCAACAAGGGAAAGCUUAAUAUGGAUGAAUUCGCAGUUGCUAUGCAUUUGAUUUAUCGAAAGCUUAAUGGAUAUCCUCUACCAGCCCAACUACCUCCGGCACUUAUACCCCCUUCCACUCGUAACUUCAAUGAUUCGAUUGGGGCUGUCAAAUCUUUACUUCACCAAGAAUCCAAUUUCCGCAAGAACUCUGGUGCUACCCUUUUGCCACAAAAGACUGGAGUGAGUUACCUCAAAAACCAUUCUUUCCGUGGUGACGCUGUUCCAGGUCGCACAGGCCGUAAAGAUGCCACAGUAUACAAAAACAACGACGAUGAUGUUGGAUAUAAAUCUAGUGCUCGUCGCAGACUCGGAGCCUCUUCUCCACGACCUUCGUCUCCUGGAUCAACAACUUCUAACGAUGAACUUUCUUUAGAGCAACUUAGAAAGAAAAUCGCGGAGAGACAAGUAAUACUAGAUGCAAUUGAUUUCAAGGCCGAAAAUGCUGCAGAUGAAGAUGAUGCCCUUGAUCGUAAAGAUCGCCGUGAAGCUGAGGAUCUGUAUCGCCGCAUUCGUCGUAUUCAAGAGGAUAUUGAUGCGCAUCCAGAUGCAUCGUUGCGUAACGUUGAUUCCGGCGCCGAGCGUCGUGCUUUGAAAAGACAAUUGCAAACAUUGACGGAUAAGCUUCCAGAUAUCGCUUCGCGUGUCCGACGUACAGAAAGAAGUAUCGCUGAUGCCAAGCUUGAACUCUUCCGUCUAAAGGAUGCUAAAGCUCACCCUGGAAGUGCCUCUAGCAUCGUUGGAACCGGCCCUGGCGGUGCUAUCACCGAAUCAGAUAGACUCAAAGCAAGAGCUAAGGCCAUGAUGCAACAACGUUCCGCUGCUCUCACUGGUAAGAAGAUUGAGACGAGUAAUGAUGACUUGGAUGCGCCAAAACGUCUCGAAGAGGAAAACCUUAAGAUUAGAACCGAGAAGGAAAAUAACGAGCGCAUGGUUCAAGAUGUUGAAGAAAGUGUCCGUGAUUUUUCACGAGGCUUGGAGGAUAGUCUCAAAGAUGGUGGUGAGAGCUCUUCCAGUGAGCAUGAGAAGAGACGUUGGGAGGAUGGGCUAGGUGUCGAGGAUGAAGUCAAGGACUUCAUCUUCGAUUUACAAAGGAGCAGCAGGAGUGCCAGAGUCCGAACUGAUGAUCGUAGCAGGGAGGCUCCUCGUACUGAAGCAUCUCAUGCUAGCCCUGCUCCAGCAGCUCGUAGCGAAACUCCAUUGUCACAGCCAUCAUCUACACCAGCCCCUGCUGGAGGUUCAUACUCACAAUACAAAACUCCAGAAGACAGAGCAGCUUAUAUCAAGCAACAGGCGGAGAAGCGCAUGGCUGAGCGUCUGGCUGCUCUUGGCAUCAAAGCACCAUCUAAAUCUGGGGAGACAACCCAACAGAGAUUGGAGCGUGAAAAGAAUGAGCGUGCAGCUAAACUCAGACAAGCAGAAGAGGAAGAUGCUAAACGCGAAGCUGAAAGGCAAGCUAGGAUUGCCGAAGAGCAGGGUGUACCUCCACCUGCCCCCGAGCAACCCAAGGAGACUGCCAAAAAGCCACCUCCACCUCCUUCGAGGAAGGCCGCAAGAAGUGACGCUAGUGAACGCAAGGCCGAAGAAGAGAGAAUCAUUAACGAGCAAAAGGCACAAAUUAUUGCCACAAAUGAGCUAGAGGACGACGCUCAACGACAAGAACUUGAGCUUGCAAAGGAACGCGAGGCGGCUCAGGCUCGUGUCAAGGCCUUAGAAGAUCAAAUGAAAGCCGGAAAAUUGAAGAAAGAAGAGGAGAAAAGGAAGAGAAAGGCUCUUCAAGCUGAGACCAAACAACAAGAAGCUCGUCUCGCAGCUCAACGUGCAGAAAUUGAAGCCGCACAAGCACGUGAGCGAGAAUUGCAACGUCAAUUGGAAGCUAUUGAUGAUUCGGAUUCAUCCGAUGAUGACGAAGGUCCAGAGCAAGUUACCCCUCAAGCAUCAACACCCACUCAAGGAAGUCAAGAACUUGAGCGUAAAGAACCUUCUCCGCCACCUCCUCCACCUUCAAUUCCAGUUGUUGUAUCUCCAGUCCCUGCUGCUGCAACAACAACCAGCCUCCCAUCACCAACCCCACAAGUCAUUAGCCCUGUUCUCAGCCCUCCAGUUGAUACAGAGACCCGCAAUCCUUUCUUGAAGAAAAUGGCUCAAUCAGGUGAUGCAUCUACCGCAUCUACUGCAUCUAACAAUCCAUUCCAUCGUCUCCCUGCUCAAGAACUUUCUACACCUGCACCAAUGCAAGUUCAGCCAACAGGUAACAGGCCAUCUCGCGUUCGUCCGGAAGAAGAUGAUUGGGAUGUUGUUGGAUCUGACAAAGAAGAUGAUUCCUCUGACGAUGAAGGACCUGGUGCAGGUGGCGCGCGUCAUUUGGCAUCAAUCCUUUUCGGAACCAUGGCACCUCCUCGUCCCUUGUCAUCGAUGGGUAACGAAACCACAUCUGCGCCUGAAUCUCCUGCUGUAGCAUCUCCACCGACGGCAACCCCACCACCUCCACCUCCAGUACUUAACUUCAAUGCUCCACCACCCCCUCCAAUGCCAUCAGCCGGUGCGCCAGGUGGUCCUCCUCCGCCACCACCACCUCCACCUGGAAUGAGCGCUCCACCUCCACCACCAAUGCCUCCAAUGGGAGGAGCCCCUGCUCCACCAGCAGGUGGACGACCAGCUGGUCUCUUGGGUGAAAUUCAGAUGGGACGAUCGUUGAAAAAGACACAGACUAAAGACAAGAGUGCAGCUGCUGUUGCUGGAAGGGUCUUGGAUUAA